CAUUUUUUCAUAAAAACGAAUAAAUCCGAGUGAGAAGAACUGAAAAGAGUCUACUCUUUUUUCUAGUGACGAGAAGCAAAGCAUUGGCAGUUACAGAGAGAAAGAGUUUCUUCACUUCAAAAUGGGAGGCGUCGGCAACGAUACGGCGUCAUCGAACUCUUUCCUCUCAGACAAAUCAGCGAAGGUCUUCGUAGCCGGACACCGCGGUUUGGUCGGCUCUGCCAUUGUUAGGAAGCUCCAAGCUUUGGGAUUUACCAAUCUAGUCCUCCGUACCCACGCCGAGCUCGAUCUCACACGCCAAAACGACGUCGAUUCAUUCUUCGCUUCCGAGAAGCCUCGAUUCGUUAUCCUCGCCGCGGCCAAAGUCGGUGGAAUCCAUGCCAACAACACUUACCCGGCUGAUUUCAUCGCUGUCAAUCUUCAGAUUCAGACCAACGUCAUCGACUCCGCGUACCGCCAUGGAGUUCAGAAGCUUCUCUUCUUGGGAUCCUCCUGCAUCUACCCCAAAUUCGCACCCCAGCCCAUUCCCGAACAGGCUCUUCUCACCGGUCCAUUAGAGCCUACCAAUGAGUGGUAUGCCGUGGCCAAGAUCGCCGGUAUCAAGAUGUGCCAGGCUUACCGGAUCCAAUAUGGUUGGGACGCCAUUUCGGGGAUGCCCACCAACCUGUACGGCCCAAACGAUAACUUCCACCCCGAGAACUCGCAUGUGCUCCCCGCGUUGAUGAGGCGGUUUCACGAGGCCAAGGUGAAGAGCUCUAAGGAAGUUGUCGUUUGGGGAACUGGUAGCCCUUUGAGGGAGUUCUUGCACGUGGACGACUUGGCAGACGGUGUCGUUUUUAUGAUGGAGAAUUACAGUGGAUUGGAACAUGUGAAUGUUGGGAGUGGCAAGGAGGUCACCAUCAAAGAGCUGGCCGAGCUUGUUAAGGAGGUUGUGGGGUUUGAAGGUGAACUUGUUUGGGAUAGUUCCAAGCCUGAUGGGACUCCCAGGAAGCUCAUGGACAGUUCCAAGCUUUUGGGACUUGGUUGGAACCCAAAGAUUUCUCUCAAGGAUGGACUCGUUGAUACCUAUAAUUGGUACUUGGAAUAUGUCAAGCAAUGAUUUUCAGGUGAUUUCAACUCAAAAUCGUAUAUUGUAUUCCAUUUUGUUCUGUUCUGUCACAGUUCAGAUAUUCUCAUUACUGUUAUUGAAUUUUUCUUUGCUAAGUUAUUAGAACACUUAUUAUGAACCAAUUUUGUGUGGAAUAAUUUCUGGUUCUGUGUAUCAUGUGAUUUGAACAUUGGGAGAUACAUCUUUUCAAGCGAGAGUUGUAUAAGAACAAAGUGAGUGAUUGUUGAAGAAUAGAAACACAUUUAUGCCCUCUUUGUACAUUUUGACAGCUGCAUUUCAUUAAUAUCUUCUCUUUUUCUUUUCCCGUU